UCCACCCCGAGUGCAGACGCGCGCCGCGGCGGGUUGCAGCAAAGCUAGGCGCUGGCGGUACGCACGUCGGCCCAGCGCCUCGGGCACUCUCUUGCCCGCGCUCCCACGCCCACGGCGGCGCGCUCACACUCCUACAGUGCUGCACCGCAGCGCGCGCGUUCACACUCCCACGCGCACCCCGGAGCGCUUAUCCAGCCUAGGCGCAAUCACUUCUGGAGAGAGCGCUGAGACACCCGCGACUUUCCUAUGGCUGACUUGAGCUUCAUCGAAGAUACCGUCGCCUUCCCAGAGAAGGAGGAGGAUGAAGAGGAAGAGGAGGAGGGCGUGGAGUGGGGCUACGAGGAAGGUGUUGAGUGGGGCUUGGUGUUUCCUGAUGCUAAUGGGGAAUAUCAGUCUCCUAUUAACCUAAACUCAAGAGAAGCUAGAUAUGACCCUUCACUGCUGGAUGUCCGCCUCUCUCCAAAUUAUGUGGUCUGCCGGGACUGUGAAGUCACCAAUGAUGGACAUACUAUUCAGGUUAUUCUGAAGUCCAAAUCAGUUCUCUCAGGAGGACCUUUGCCUCAGGGGCAUGAAUUUGAACUAUAUGAAGUUAGAUUUCACUGGGGGAGAGAAAACCAGCGUGGUUCCGAGCACACAGUUAAUUUCAAGGCUUUUCCCAUGGAGCUCCAUCUGAUCCACUGGAACUCCACCCUGUUUGGCAGCAUCGACGAGGCUGUUGGGAAGCCGCACGGAAUCGCUAUCAUCGCCUUGUUCGUUCAGAUAGGGAAAGAACAUGUAGGCCUCAAGGCUGUGACUGAGAUCCUCCAGGAUAUUCAGUAUAAGGGGAAGUCCAAGACAAUACCCUGCUUUAAUCCUAACACUUUAUUACCAGACCCUCUGCUGCGGGACUAUUGGGUGUACGAAGGCUCUCUCACCAUCCCACCUUGCAGUGAAGGUGUUACCUGGAUAUUAUUCCGAUACCCUUUAACUAUAUCCCAGCUACAGAUAGAAGAAUUCCGCAGGCUGAGGACACACGUUAAAGGUGCAGAACUUGUGGAAGGCUGCGAUGGGAUUUUGGGAGACAACUUUCGACCCACUCAACCACUUAGUGAUAGAGUCAUAAGAGCUGCAUUUCAGUAACCAAAGAGCAGGAACAAGCCCAUCUUCAUCAGGGAGGAAGACAAUGGUCCUAUGGUGCCCUUGGAUGAGAAAUGGAAACUUUUGAACUGCAGCUUCAGUUUAUUCUCAAAGCCUGUAUUGUUUGUCUUCCUCUAACCCAGCUUUGAUGGACUUCUAGGACAGUUUCCUGUACAAUGCUGUAAUGAAAUACUAGAAAUGGCUGUACAUUCAAAAGAAAUCCCAUAUUAUAUAUCUACAUCACUGCUGCUAGUAUUCAUAUUUUUGCACAUACUGUUUAUUGCUAAUGUGUAGAAGGAAUGAAACUAGUUUUCAGAGUUGUUAUUAAUAUGAAUAUAUAUUAUGUAUUAAUAUUGAGACAGGAAAAAUACAUUACCAGCAUUAGCAGUCAUUCAUUUCCUGUCUCCAACAGAAAAUUUGCUUAUUCCAAGACUAGAGUAAUUCUUGGUAAUAAAAUAAGAGUUUUGAUCAAGAACAGCCUAGAGCUUCAAAAUGCAUUGUGAAAGAUUAGUACAAAUCAUGUCUCAUGUUAUUUUUCAAUAUCCAUACCACAAUGUCAGGCUGGUUUGUCAUGGAAAACAUUUUGUGAAUUAUUACAA